AUGCAAUUCUCCACUGUCGCUACCGUUGCUGCCAUCGCCUCCGUCGCUUCUGCUACUGCCAACGUCACCACUGCUACUCUUACCGAAGAAUCUACCACUUUGGUCACCAUCACCUCCUGUGAAGACCACAAGUGUGCUGAAACUGUCUCUCCAGCUUUAGUCUCUACCGCUACCGUCACCGUCGACAACAUUGUCACUGAAUACACCACCUGGUGUCCAUUAAGCACCACUGCCGCUGCUAACUCUACCGUUCCAGCUACCUCCAAUGUCGGUGCCGCUACCUCCAAGGCUAAGACCACCACCUCUACUGCCAUUGCCACCGAGGGUGAAGAAACCACUGUCACUCAAAUCAAGACUUUAGGUUCAACCUCUUCUGCCGCAGCUGCCGCUGCCAAGACUGUUUCCGAAUACACUGGUGCUGCCGCCAAGGUAGUUCCAGCUGCCGGUGCUUUCAUCGCUGCUGCUUUAUUAUUAUAA